UCUCCGAAGCUUUUCCCAUUUUCCCGAAUCCAAUCUGGGGAAGAGCACGGGCCAAGGGGCCGUUCUUCUUUCGAAUUCUUGCAAGGGAAGGGAGGACAGCUGUUACUCUUGUUCGGGCAAAAGGCUAUUGCUGGUAUCGUAUUUUCAAGAAUUCCGGGAACACUACCACCACCACAUUUUCCUCCGCAUUCCCCACCACUUUCCUUUUCGGCGUAUAGGGGAUCCAUCAUCCGUGUUAUGCUACGAUUGAAACAAUCAACAGACUCUACUACUUCUCUGCAUCAAAGCGACAAUAACAAAGAAAGAGACAUCUUUGAUCUUGUUGUCCUCGAUGGAAGAAGACAAGAAGAAAAAGAAGAACAAGAAAAGAAAGAAUAAGCAGAAUAAAACAACUGCAGAUUCCGCUCCAGGUGAUGCUCCUGGACCAUUUUCCGUUUCUCCUUCUGCUCAACACAUUCCUGUUACUGAAUCUGCCAAGAUUAGUUCAGCUCUGGUUGACAACCCAGAUGCUCAAGAAGAUGAUACUGCAUCUGGAAUGACUUUGAACCCACAUGGUGUUAUCUUUGAAGAGAAAAUUCAAAUAUUACUACAAGAAAAAAAUGCAAUCUUACAAAAAGAGGCUACCCUGCUGGAGAAAAUUGAAGAAUUGCAAAACGAAAAGGCUGUACACGUGCAGAGAGAGGCUAGUCUUGAAGAGCAAAUUUUACAGUUACAAAAAGAAAAAGAUGCUUUCAUGCUAAAAGUGGAUGCUUUAGGACAAAAAAUUCAACAAAUGCAGAUGGAAAAGGAUGCUCACGUGCAGAAAGAGAGUGCUUUGGAGGCUGAAGUAGGACACCUGACAAGUGAGAAGGAAUCUUGGUAUCACAAAGAGGCUCACUUUGAAGAGAAAAUUAACCACCUUAUGGUUGAAGCUGCAACAUUGAGCUCGAAAAAGGUAAGCCUAGAGGAAUUUGUAAAACAAAUGGAGGAAGAGCGAGAUUCAUGGAUAUUGCAGGAGAAUUCAUCCAAGGAAGUAAUUGCCAAGCUAAAUGGUGAUAACACGCGACUAAAAUCUCAGGUGAUGGAGUUGGAAGAAUUAAGGAACGGUCUGUUACAAGAAAACCAUCUGUUGACGGAAAAUAUAUCCGGUCUGCAGUCACAGAUUCUGAGUUUAGAGCGGACUGCCAUUGUUUCUCAGUCAUCUAGUGAUAGCAAAAUGAUGAAUGAGUUGUACGUUGAAAUUGAUCGCAAUGGUCUGCAACAAGAAAUACCUUCAGCUGAAAUGCCAACAACUGUUCAUCUUGCUGAUAGUCCAGCUGUUGGGCCGCAUCUGAUGGUUGGAGCUAUUGAAGCACAAGAAAGUUGUCCUGCUAACGAUUCAAUGGACGAAGCCAAUGCCAAGAUGCUCGUGCCUGAUAAUGAAGUGCAGUCGCCAGAAAAUAACGUCAACAAUGAUGCGAGGGGCGAAGGAGAGUAUUUGGAUGACAAAAAAGAUAUGCUAGUUACGGAAUCCUCUGAAAUGACCAAGUCAGAUGAAAUUGUGCAAAUUCCAUUGGAUGAGAAUGAAAACAAAAAGACAGAUGUGGAGGCUACCAGUAAUGCUGAAAAGACUGUAGUACCGCUCUCAGAUGCUCCACUGAUCGGUGCUCCAUUCCGUUUAAUUUCUUUUGUCGCUAGAUAUGUUAGUGGUGCUGAUCUGGUGGAGAAGAACUCUGUAAAUUAGAUUUUGUAAGCGUCACUUGAUGGGAAGUAGAAAUACGAGGGAAGUUAUUAAGGACGGAGGGGGCGGGGGGACUAACCGUAGUUGUCGUGAGUAACAAAUUGGUCACUCAUUGGUUGGGAUGGAAAAGUGCUCAAUCAUUUCUUGAGAGCAAAUUGAUUGUGUUUUUUUUUUUUUUUCCUUCCAACCUCUGAAAAGAAGAUAGGAAGAGAUAUCUUGAGGGGAAAUUUUCUAGAUUGUAUUCUCGAAUUCAGAACACCUUGUUUGGUUAUAGAUAGUAGUGAUGGACAUACUUUGAUGUAACCAGGGAACACGCAGGGUUCUUCCCUUCCGUUGGGAUGUUAUUGAAGAACAUUUUGAAAUCA